AUGGCUACUUCUGGUAGUGUCUUCUCGCAAACUCUCCAGGACAUCACAAAUGCGAAGCUCGAGGAAUUAUCCAAGAAGCGUAAUUCAUUUGAGCAGCAGAAGGCCACCACAAUUGCAGACUCCCACGAUCACGAUGAUCCGGUUGAUAUGCUUACUGCUGUAACUGAUGGGGUUAUGCGUUGCUUCUCUAUUACGACCGAUCAGCAUGGCAAGAUUGUGAGAGGUAGCAGCAAGAAUGCAAAACUGGAGACGGACCUGCGUAACCUCAGGCGUUUUCUUGAUCAAGCUCGUUUUGACCCUUCCAUCUCGCCUAGCAUCAUGCGGAAGUGGAAGCAAACGCUGAUUAGUCAUCUCGAUGUACAAUCUUUGAAGUACCAAUAUGCUGACCUAUAUGGGAAGCUCACUGUCGAGUGGCUGAUGUCGUCCACUUCAGAGGACAAAAAGACAAGUCUGGACGAAGCGGAAGCUUCUGAACGAUAUGAAGAGAUACCUGUUAGAGCAAAGUUUGAAGCCAAACAAAAUUGGGAGAAAAGUGUUUUUGAAGAGGCUAAGGUUGAUCAAUCAGCGAUUGGAAAUCUCCUCGAAACAGUCUUCGGAAGCAAAGAAGCACAGAAAGCUUUGCAACAAUUACGUUCCAGCGUAAGAAGUAUAGAGUCUUCUAUGUCCGCUGCUCAAAAUUUCAACACCCAUACUCUCAGAAGAACAAUUAAGGGCCUCCUUGCCUCAGAUCUGCUCAACAAUGAGAAAAAGCAAGUCCUUCGAGAUUUUUCAUCCAACGAGGUCAUUCUGGCAGAAGUGGCGGAUGUGCUAAACAUGCGCAUGACAGCGUUAGAGUCGUGGUCAUGGGGUCCAGAAGUCGCAGUAGAAGCACGCCGUCAGCUUAAUGGUAGCUACAAUAUCUACAUGCACGAGGAUGUACUCCAGGCUAUUCUUCUACAAUAUCUUGGUGUAGAAUGGUCAGUUGGUAUCAAGGAUGCCUUAAUGGCCUUUCAGGAUAACAAGGAGGUCUGGCACGAUAGCUCUCGUGAGGUAACACCGCUCGACGAGCAACAACGAGAGUGGUAUCUGUCAUCUACUCAUGGUGGUAAGACUGUACAGCAGAUCAGACAGCUUUCAUACCGUGCUGGCUAUUUUGUUUCGCAGCUCCCUGCCAAUGUUACACAAGAUCGGGAAGUAGAAGAAGGCGACGAGGAGGCCGAUUUUGUAAGCUUUGAAAGGCAAAGGAAGAAAAAGCUGGUCAGAAGGUCAGCUCCAAUGGGCUCGGUGGCUGCUUUCCAAGCACCAGCUGUACAGCUAGCCAGGAAGAGUACACGAACAAGUCAAAUAGAGUCUUUUGAAGAGGCACGGGAGGAAGAAGACGACGAAGAUAUGGGCUACGGACUGUUCGGUGACAACGCCCCAAUCGACCUAGGACCCUACAAACCCAAGAACCCUAUGGACGCUAAGCAGAGGCUGCUCCACCUGCUAUCCACGGAGAUAUUGCUUAAGACCCAUCUUGAUGGUGAAAUAACCUGUUUUCGAUCUCAGUACCACUCGUGGCAUUCUCGCAUGCCUCAUGCUACGAUCAAUGCAGUUUUGGCUUUCUUCGGCGUGUCCAAGAAGUGGCUAGACUUCUUCAAGACCUUCUUGCAAGCGCCCUUGAAAUUCCUGGGCGAAGACGAAGUACCUCGACCACGCAGGCGAGGUACUCCUGGAGCCCAUGUCCUGAGCGAGUUCUUCGGAGAGCUAAUUCUAUUCUCUCUCGACUACCUUGUCAACCAGCAGACCGGCGGGGAACUGCUUUGGCGCAUGCACGAUGAUUUUUGGUUCUGGUCAUCCUCACACGACACCUGCGUUCGAGCGUGGAACAUCAUUCAGCAAUUCAACAAGGUCAUGGGUAUCAAUAUUGACGAGUCGAAAUCCGCAGCCGUGCGGAUACAGCGCAAAAACGGAUCGAUUCAACCUGGCCCUCUUGACAGCGUACUUCCCAAGGGUGAGAUACGCUGGGGCAUGCUAUAUCUCAACGACAAGACCGGAAAGUUCACUAUUGAUGAAGAGAUGGUCGACGAACAUAUCGACGUAUUGCGCCGCCAACUUGCAGACAAAGAAAAGAGCAUCUUCUCCUGGGUACAAGCUUAUUCGACUUAUGCUUCUGUUUUCUUUACGUCUAAUUUUGGCAGACCAGCGAAUUGUUUUGGACGCGGGCAUCUUGACUCCAUGCUUGACAUGCACCAACGCAUUCAACGAACCCUUUUCAAAAAGCCGGGUAGUCAGGACGUGCACAGUGUGAUUGAUUGGUUGAAGAGGCAGAUUGAGCACCGCUUUGACGUCAAGGACAUUCCCGAUGGUUAUUUCUUCUUUCCUGGCAGCCUUGGAGGACUCGAAGUCAAAAGUCCCUUUGUUGGCCUUCUACAACUUCGUGAUUCGAUUACAAAGGAUCCGAGUGCAUUGAUGCAAGUCUUCAGAGAGGCAGAGCGAGAUAAGUAUGAGAAUGCAAAGAAGCGAUAUCUCGAUAGGCGGCCGUGGCAGUACUCGGCCUUUGGUCAAGAAUACAGACCAGAUAACCCGCAGCAAUUCAUGUCGUUCGAUGAUUUUGCCAAGUUCCGAGAAGAGUUGAAUUAUGGCUACACGAACCAGCUCGUCGAGAUCUACGAGACUCUUCUGAGACGACCCCAGGAGGAACCCGUGGAGCAUGUCAACAGUACAGACAUCCAGGAAGCCCUGAACAGAAUACAGUCCAGGUCGGGUCAGUCGCAGGAUCUGACAACUUGGUAUAACAUGGAUCCAUACUGGAAGUGGAUCACUAUGCUGUACGGCCCCGAAAUAUUGCAGGUAUUCAAGACGUUCACGAUCGUAGAUGCAGGCCUGCUCCCAAUGGGUAUGCUUAGCCUGCUCAGAGUUGGAAGUAUAAGUUGGCAGGAGUAA